GGUAACUUUUGUUAAGAGCCCGGACGCUCAAUCUGAACAUUAACACGCUUCGCUUGCGGUACAGUUUUCGAAGCAAAUUGACCUUAUUUUUUAAUAUCAGCGAGAAAUAAUUUUCAAAAAAACAAAAGGUUAAAUGUAUACACCCCUUGAUAGGGUUAGGGUUCCCACACGGCAAUAUCUUCGUGUUACAGCUCUUGUUUAUGGAAUGCGCCGAACACCUGUGUGUAAGCGUAACUCGGGAAGUGUAGUUUCAUGGGAUGGAGGCGCCCAUAGUUGUAUGGAUCUGUGCAUAACUGCUACAGUAAGUGUAAAUUUUUUAUUUUAACGAUUCUUUCUCGUUGAUGAAAGAUCAGGGACAUAUGUUUCGAAAGCCGUAUCGCAAGCAAUGAUUAUUGACGUUUCUAAACGUUAAAACACAGCGUCGGGAUUGUAGUUUACAUGAGCCAGUCGUGGGCAAAGCUAAUGGCUGAAAGCUGUGGUUAGAAGGCAGAAUGCCGCCUACCCUUUCACCUUACUAAGUCAAACCAUGACAGUACUAAGAUCCUGAUAACUACUAAGAUCCUGAUAACGGUGAUGUUAUCAGGAUCUUCUCAGGUAAAUUAUUUUUUGGAGAUUUUCUAUUUUAUUUACUACCUUAAAUAGGUACUUCAUUGUUUUUGUUUUUUAAUCUACUUUGCCACACUCAAUAUGGCGGCCCUCCGGCUCCUACCGGAUGGAACGUUGAUGAAUACCCAUGUGACUGGCUUGUCAAUUUUUUUCCCGGGUAAAUUACGGAGAUUCCUCUGUGCACAGGCUAGACAUGGAGAAAAUAACAAAGAAACUAUUGCUGGAGAAAUGCACUCCAAAAACCACCAAACUGGAACAAAUAAAGACACUAAAUCUCUCCAAGCUCGGUCUGAAGAGCAGUGACCUGCCUGUCCCCCUGCUUUCUCACCUUCGCUGUCUGGAACAGUUGGACCUGUCUGGGAACAGACUUCAGGAGAUGCCCCCGGGGCUCUUCCUUCCCUCCCUACGCACUCUGGACCUGACCAACAAUGAGAUGGAGGACGUCACCACUCUGGACACACUGACCACCCUGGAGGAGCUGAGGACGGAGGACAACCUCUACGUCACUGUGAAUGACGACUACAAGCUGAUGAUCCUCCUGCCAAAGUUGAGGAUUUACAAUGGGAAGGAUAUCAGCACUGCAGCCAACCACAUACGCUAUGUCAACAGUGAGAACCUCAGGAAGAGGGUGUUAGCAGUAUGGGAGACCAGCUUCUCUCUCCCUGACCACCGAACAACAGAGAAACUAGCCACUGUGGAGAGGGAUUUUGUCAAUGCGGUGCGUCAUAAGGUGAAAUAUGGCCCCAGCUCUCUGACUGACUACACAAAAUGGAGGGUGGAGAUGAUAGCUAAAGAGCACCUUCGCUCUUUGACUGAGCCAAAUGAUGAGGACAGAGAUACAGAGGAGCCUGCUGAUACAAACAAGAACUGUAGUUUUCCUUUCCCAGCCAAGAGGAAGCGUUCCGCCUCGGCUGCCGAAUGCGAUGUAACCCUAACCCCUCAGAAAAUAACCAGAGCGAGUGUUCAAGCGGUGUCCAGCCAUCGAAGCACCCCUCACAAGGCAGAGUGGCCCACCAGCGCCACUGCAAGGCCCCAUAAGGCAGCACAGACCCCAGCCACCCGCACCAGGGUCCAGUCCAAAGUUCUGGUGACCCCCAGGAAAGGCCUGAGAGAGCAGCAACAUCAGUCCAAAGAAGACAUGCCACAGGCCAAACAGACCCCCACCCCUACCAAGUCUGCCAGGCAACAGCGGUCCACAGAGGUCAACGAGACGCCUGGGAAAGUAAUCUGCACCAAGUCUCAGGAGCCAGUGAGUCUGCAGCCUCUUCAUGUCCUGCAGUGUCACAGUAAACAGGACAGCCCUGAUGACUUUAGCACCCAGCUGUGGGCCUGUUCCUUCCAGCCCCCGCUAGACCGCUAUGGAGAUGUGAAUGGUGCGACUCGUAUUGUGGCAACGUGUGGAGGAGAGUCUGUGUGCCUGAUCGACUGUGAGACGGGACUAGUUAUGAAGAAGUAUAAGGUCCCUGGUGAGGAGUUCUUCUCUCUGGCAUGGUCAACUGUGCUGAUGUCACGAGAGGGCAAUGGUGGCAUGCGGCCCUGCAGUAUCCUGGCGGCAGGGGGGAAGCGAGGCCUUGUGAAACUGCUUCACCCCAGCGCCAACAUGGCGUACGGAGAGUUCCGAGCCAGCCGCAAAGCCCUCUCCAUCCUCCGCUUCAGCCCCCGCCAGGGCAACUUCCUCUUCACUGGGUCGUAUGAUAAAAAUAUAUUAAUGUGGGACAUUGGCGGAGUGGACAGCGAGUACAAUUUCAAAGUCAUUCAGCUGUUGGUGUUGGAGACUACCUCCACACCCCUGCACUUCUGCUUGCCCCCCGCCACCCCAGACACACACCUCAUCGCUGCCUGUGAGGAUGGGCUGCACAGCUACAACAUCCAGCUCAACAAAGACACCAGGAAGAGGUCUGAGGAGAUGGAGAUCACAUUCCCUGUGUAUGAGAAGAAAGACAAGGACCAUGACUACCACACCAUCGAUGGCUUGGGAUUCCUCACAGACGACAUCGUCGCCUCUAAGAGCCACAUGCAGGGCUCGAUUUACCUGUGGAGCUGGAAUGACACGCGAGCCCAGUGCCCCAAUAAUAAUAAUAAUAAUAAGAAGAAGAAGUGUGCUGUGAUCCUGGCGGAGCUGCAGUGGUCCAGCACGGACAUCCCCUACCUGUCCCUCAACACCUGCCCCAGUAAAGGCUACGUGGUGUGUGGUGACGAAAGAGGGAGACUGUGGACGUACCAUGUAACAGACCUCAAGGCCAACUUUAGGCGUGGCAAAACAAUUCCUGCCACAGAGAUCCUGGAAUGGCCGUUACCUGUGAGGAAAGGACAGGGCCCAGUGGAAGGUCCCGCUAUCAACAGUGUGGUCAUGGACCCCGAGCUCAGAUACCUGGUGGCCCUCAGCGACAAGAACAUGGCAGUGGUGUGGAGAAGAACGGAGUCUUCCUGAGGACCAAACACAACUUCUCCUGGGUUAAUUUUUCUCAUGUUCACUGAUGGGUGUAAAUACGGGUAGGUUUUGCUAGUAUCACUUUAACCUAUCAAGACUGGCCUUUCAGGGCAGUGAUGAUCAGUAAGGAAAGGAAGCUUAUUCAAUGCCAUGGGAAUUGGCUUGGACUUGCCCCUUUCUGGUUGACCUCGCUCUCUACUGUUGACUUCUCACCUUACCACUUGGCUGAAACGUACCAGCCCUAAUUUCAACUCCCCUCCUCGCCAGCAUCUAUUAGAUCUAGUCUAUUUUGAUGCAGAGAUGAGAAUGAGAUAUUAAUUGUACUGAAGAUUAAUAAGAAUAUACAUAUACUGAAAGGCAUGUGUGAUGGCUGUACAGAUUGUGGAUGUAUUUGCAUUUUGUACGUUUUAAAAAAUAUAUAUAAUUGUACUAUUCAUUUAGAUUAAACAUCUAAUGUGAAUUUUAUAGUUUCAUAUUUUUUUAAAAACAAAUUAUACAUAUCAGUUUAUCCACUGACAUGGAAACGUAUGAUCAAAAUGAAAACCUAAUGUGUGUUUGACCUGUUUCAACCACAAUGCAUGAUUGUACAUGCAGAUUUUAAUGGCCUUUUUGAGGGUUGAUGGAUAUGAGUUACAUUAAGAACAUCUGCCACAUUAAAUGUGAUUGUUGUCCUAAA